AAUGUUUGCUCUAUCCAAGACACUAUCACUUCAUCAUAUGAAUAAAUACUAUGUCUAGAUUUUGAAGGAUCUUUCAAUUGUCAAAUAAAUACCAGCUGGUUCGACUCUUCUUGUUGGUGGUUUUGGACUUUGUGGUAUUCCAGAAAAUAUCAUAAAUGCUCUUAAGGAAGUAGGGACAAAGAAUCUUACAGUGGUUAGUAACAAUUGUGGGACUAAUGAUGAAGGUCUUGGUAUAUUAUUGAAUAAUGGAUAAUUAAAGAGAGUUAUAGCAUCAUAUGCUGGAGAAAAUCAUAAUCUUGCUGAGUAAAUAUGUAGUAUUAUAGUAGGAAAUACUUUGAUGGUGAAUUGGAACUUGAAUUAAUUCCAUAAGGCACUUUAGCAGAAAAGUUAAGAUCUGCAGGUGCAGGUAUCCCAGCAUUUUAUACCAGAACAGGUGUAGAUACUGUUGUUGAGAAGGGAGGCAUUCCUAUCAAAUAUAAAAAUCAUUCAAAAGACUUUGAAGUAGAUAUUGCUUCUAAACCAAAACAUGUAAUUUGUGUUGUAAUCUAAUAAUAUAGGUUGAAUAUUUCAAAGGACAGAAAUAUUUAAGAGAAGAAGCCAUUUAUGGUGAUUAUGCCAUUAUUAAGGCUAGUGUUGCAGAUACAAAUGGAAAUCUCAGAUUUGUGGGAACUUCUAGAAACUUUAAUGAAGAUAUGGCCAAGGCUGCAAAGGUAGUGAUUGCUGAAGUUGAAUCUAUUGUACCUUUAGGUUCAUUUGGAUUUGAUCAUGUACAUGUAAAUGGCAUUUAUGUUGAUUAUCUUUAUUUGGGUAACAAUUAUAAAAAAUCGAUUGAGAGAUUAGUUUAUGAUGAAUCUGUUUAUAAAAGAAAUCCUGGUAUUAUAUUAAUAUUUAAUAUUUUUAUAGAAAAAUUCAAGAAAGCCAAGAAUUAAGGUUUGAGAAAUAGGAUAGCCAAAAGAGCUGCCCAUGAAUUCAAAGAUGGAAUGUAUGUUAAUUUGGGUAUAGGAAUUCCUACACUUAUACCUGCCUUCCUAGAUCCACAUAUUACUAUUCAUUUCCAUACAGAAAUAGGAGCUGUUGGUGUUGGCAAUUAUCCAUUAGAAGGAUAAGAAUUAGGAGAUUUAGUUAAUGCAGGAAAAGAAUCAAUUACUUUAAAUUAAGGUGCAUCUACUUUUUCAAGCAGUGAAUCAUUUGGUAUAGUAAGAGGAGGUCAUCUUGAUUUAACAGUUUUGGGAGCAAUGUAAAUUAAUAAAUAAGGUGAUAUUGCUAAUUGGGUUAUUCCAGGAAGAAUGGUAAAAGGAAUGGGAGGUGCAAUGGAUUUGGUUGCAUCUGGUUCUAAAGUCCUUGUUGUAAUGGAACAUACAGCUAAAGGAGAAAAGAAGUUUUUAAAAGAUAUUACUCUACCUGCAACUGGACUUGGAAGAGUUGAUUAAGUUAUUACUGGUAAAUGAUAUUUAUAUUUCUUUAGACAAAGCUGUUUUUGUUAAGAGAAAUGGUGAAUUAGUAUUGACUGAAAUAGCAGCUGAUACUGAUUUGGAAUGGGUUAGAGCAAACACAGGAUUUGAAUUGACUAUUGCUGAUGAUUUAAAGAAAUUUGAAAUUUGAUUAGU